CUUGUGUCUUCCUCUGGAGUAAGAGGGCCCUGGACACAUGUACGCAAAGGUCCAAUCGACAACCAGUCAUCAUGCCAGAAGUCAAUACUCCUACCAUCCCCUAGAUUCCAGGAACUAUUUUCCUUGGAAGACGCUUCUCUGCAUAAGGCCUUUGUUCGCAAGAAGCGUAAGAUUUUGAGUUCCCAUGAAGAUUCCGGUUUUAUAAUCAAGCAAGGGAACAAUCCCAAUGAUUUUCGCCCCCACAUUUUUUAUGAGGCACUUCGUGCAAUUUUAGAUAGCCCGCUAAAUAAAGCUGGGAUGGUUGGAGCUGUGUACGUGAAAACUGAUUCUGGUGUUACUUUUGAAGUCAAGCCACAUACUCGGAUACCUAGAACAUGCAAACGGUUUUGCGGUAUUAUGGUUGAGCUAUUGGAGAAGUCUUGUGUUCGUGCUAAGGAUUCAGGAGAAGUUCUUAUUCGAGUCCUUAAAGAACCUUUAGCACAGCAUAUGCCUGAAAAUGCUCGAAUUAUUGGGCUAUCCUAUAGUUCAGAAAAGCUUGUCGAUGUAGAAGAUUAUCUUUCUGCUAUUCCAGAUGAUUCUGAGCUUGUCUUUGUGGUGGGUACAAUGGUCCACAGUAAAGUUAGCAAGGACUCGACUGAUGACUAUAUUUCAGUUUCUGGCUAUCCACUCAGUGCAAAAUACUGUCUUGGGUUAGUCUGUGAAGCAUUGGAGCAGAAAUGGAAACUUUUACAGGGCUAACUAGAGGCACAUAAUGUAGAUGGAAGGUCGUCUGAUAAACACCGUGCAUUUUUGAACAGUUGAGUUAGGCAAGGAAAGCGUUAGUAUUCUGUAGAGGAUUUAAUUAUGUUAGUCAUGGACUUAUUUUGUAAUUACAAUAGCAUCUUUAAUUAGAAACUAGAUGGUAAACAAUAGGCGUUUAGCUUGGAUUAUGAAGGGCCUGUGCAAGAUAUCAAAAAAUAGACCCUUGGAACACAAUCUCAAAAAAUAGAAAGACCAAUUUUUAUUAAUCGAAAAAGAAGUCACUUUAUAUUGGAAA